AAAUUCUGCUUCCCAUGUGAACGGUGGUGUUUUGUAUUCCGCGUCCGAUCGUCUGCACCGAUUCCUUUCGCUACGCAGAAGAUUUUUUACCAAGAAAAGAAAAAACUUCGCAGACUCAGCUCUUUUCGCUGGCUUCAGAAACAGAUUUGAUUUUGGAAAAGAAAUUUUUUGCUGGCAUCCCAGACAACGAACGCCCCGAAAAUCAGUUGCUGGGCAACCCCUACUAAAGAAACGAAAAUCGAAAAGGGAGGAGGACCCACUGAAACUUACACGCAACGUCUGUAGGAUGAGCAAUGCGGGAAUCGACGGAGGAGGAGGAGGCGGUGGAGGAUCGGGUGCCGGAUCAGGAUCAGGAUCGACAACAGUGCCGCCCACAACGCCACCACCCACAGGCCAUGGAUCCACGCGCCGCCUGAGCCACCUGACGGGCAGUGGCCGUUCGGGAGGAGCCGCCGCCAUGGGCAAUGUGGUGGGCUGGCUGAAGCAGGCUUCCAUUGAGGUGCGAGACGCCGGCACACGAACUUUGUCGAUGCUGCAGAGCAGCAACCCAAACUUUCGAUCCCUGGACCUAUCUCUGGGCACGCCCACACCAACCACACCCACCUCCAGCGAAAUUCCAGCUGCUCCAGCCAGUGCCACCGCCUCGUUAAGUGGCUCCACGCUGCAAUUCGGACCGGAGGAACCAGAGGAAGGAUCCGCUGCCGGAGGAAGCCAAUCGCUGACGCCACUUGAUGCCAGGGAGCUCCUGACGAGACCCACACGCGCCUACGCCUCUGUCAGCCAGCCCCAAAGUCCAAGACAUCGAGGAUCCGGCGGCGGGACCGUUUCCGGAUCUCGGAUCAUCACACACGGCCUGACCGGACGCUCCACAUCGAUAUCCUCGCAGCUGGAGAAGACCAAGAAGCUGCUGAAAAUGACCGAGGGCGAGGACAAGCCGCUGACCAUUUUGCACUACAACGAUGUCUACAACAUUGAGUCCAUGGCGGAAACGGAGCCUGUUGGAGGGGCAGCCAGAUUCGCCACGGCCAUCAAGAGCUUCGCGCACCUGAAUCCGCUCGUGCUUUUCAGCGGUGAUGCCUUCUCGCCGAGCAUGUUGAGCACCUUUACCCAGGGUGAACAGAUGAUUCCUGUGCUCAAUUCGGUGGGUACACACUGUGCCGUUUUUGGCAACCACGAUUUUGAUCACGGCUUGGAUGUGCUGGUAAAACUGAUCAAGCAGACGGAAUUCCCCUGGCUCAUGUCCAAUGUGGUGGACAACGAAACCGGUCGUCCAUUGGGCGGUGGAAAGAUCUCGCACUUCAUACUACACAAUCAGAUAUCCAUAGGCUUAAUUGGACUGGUGGAGCGGGAGUGGUUGGAGACCCUGCCCACCAUCGAUCCCAAUGAGGUGACCUACAUCGAUUACGUGGAGGCGGGAAAUAAGCUGGCCCGCGAGCUGAGAAACGAGGGAUGUGACCUCAUCAUUGCCCUUACCCACAUGCGUACUCCCAACGAUAUUAAUCUGGCCGAGAAGUGCAGCGGCAUCGAUAUUAUUCUUGGUGGUCACGAUCACGUCCGCGAGGUGACCGAAAUCAAGGGCAAAAUGAUCGUCAAAUCGGGCACGGACUUCCAGCAGUUCUCCGUCAUCACAAUCGAGCGGGAUGCCGCCAAUCGUGAGCACUUCACAACGGACGUCAAGUGCUUCGAUGUGACGGCCAAAAUUCCGGAGGAUCCGGAGCUGAAACAGGAGCUCUCCAAAUAUGCCAAGUUCAUCGAGAGCAAGCUUUCGGAUGUAAUGGGUGUCUUCAGCGUGGAAUUAGAUGGCCGUUUUUCCCGCGUGCGGACCCAGGAAACAAAUCUGGGCAACUGGGUGUGCGACGUAGUUCUGGCCGCCGUCGGCGCCGAUGUGGUCAUCUUGAAUGGCGGCACCUUCCGUUCGGAUCGAGUGCAUCCGGUGGGUGCCUUUACCAUGGGCGAUCUGGUAAACGUUAUUCCCAUGCGGGACCCACUGAUCCUGCUCGAAGUCAAGGGUAAAAUACUGUGGCAGGCGCUGGAGAAUGGAGUUUCUGCCUAUCCCAAGCUGGAGGGAAGGUUCCCUCAGGUGUCGGGCAUCAGUUUUGCCUUCGAUCCGCAGGCGGAGCCCGGCAAACGUAUUGACCCGCAACUUAUCCAGGUGGGUGACGAGUACCUCAACCUGGAACAGACCUACAAGUUGUGCGUCAAGAGCUACAUCUUCAUGGGAUGUGAUGGCUACACCAUGUUCAAGGACGCAACUGUGCUGAUGGAUGAUGAUGCUUGUCCGGAGUUGGGAAUUACCCUGCAGAACCAUUUCAAGGCCAUCAAUUCCAGAAAGUGUGGACAAAACACUAAGCACCGCCAGUCGCUGGUCACACUUUCCCGGAGGCAUAGUCUGGUGCAGUGCUUGGAUAGUAUGGAUCUGGAUGGCCCAUCACCCAUCCGCAAAUUGUCCGUGGGUCACCACAACAAGUCGAUGGACUUGACGCAUGGCAAUUCUCAGAAGAUGCUGCGACGUGCGUCCUUGGAUGACCUGGAGCAGUCCACCUGCGAUUUGGCGCCUCAAUUGGAGCACCGUAUCGUUAUGAUACAAAACGAAGAACAUCACCGACAGUUGCUGUUCAAAAAGGAGACGCACAUAAUGAAUUCCACAAUCACCGAAGCCGAGGACGAUUACAAGAAAAUAAGACAACUUAAUUUAGGGGCAGGUUCCGAUAUGGAGAGAAAUAUUUGAAUAGGGGUUAGGCAAAAGCAAAGCGAAGAUAUACCCUUUAGCUAGUUAGAUAGUUGGCAGAUCUGUGGGAUCGUGUCCUAUAUUAUUACCGUUUAUUGUUAAAGCUUCUCUGUUUUUUCGGCUAAGUUUUGUUAUGAGCAUUUGUAAGACUUCCCCAGCGAUGUACGAGUAGUAUGAACAGGAUAUUGAUAUUGUAUAUGAUGCAUGUGUAGUGAGUACGUGUACCUAAAGCUUACCGCUAGUUUAAUUUACUUUUAAUUAGAUAAACUGAUUUACACCAGCAACUGAUUAUUGUACUGUAAUUACAGAGCAGCCCUUAUGUUUUGUGAUCUAGAUAACGAAAAGAGUUUGAGCCGAGCUUUGGGAAACCUCCAGAUAUUCCAAGUAGUUGUUUUAAAAACCCCGAGUCCCCGAACACAAUCAAAUACUGUAGGUUGUACGCAAACAAAUAGAAACACUGGACCGCGACGAGGAGGACUACGAGUAGCAAACUGAAGGGGCACGCAGAUGUAAAGUGAAUGUUAAGCAAUAUUUUAGACAAUGCACCUAGAUUUUGAAUGUCAAAAUGGGAUGUGUAUAUUUUUAUGGACGCUUUUGGUGCGCUUGAACAUGGCAGAGCAUAUUGUUUUUUAGAGAACGCGAGCACCACUCACGUGCAACACUCAUGGAUAAAUGCUUUAAUCUUAAAUAGUUCCUUGAACUUGCACACCACCAACACGAGUGUAUUUUGGUCCAUAGGCGAGGUCAGAACAAAAGCCAGAGCAGUGGCAGCUACCCACUCAAUUACAAAAAAGUUAAACAAUAAGUAGAGGAAGCCACUUAUAUGUACUCCAUGCUUAACUGAUUGUCCAUGCUUAGAACGUACAGUUAACUAAAGUGAACAAUAUACAGGCUCAACGUGCACCUGAUAAUUAAAAUUAUAAAGGACCCAUAAAUAUAUAUAUAUACACAGAUAUCGUAAAUCUGUCCACCUCCUUUGUCUCCCUUUAACUUUGAGGGCCCAUCCUUCAACACUUUUAAACUAUUUUGCAAUGGGUCAUUAGCCCGUAGAAGAACGCAUUUUGUGCAUAUUGAACGAAGUACAUUGAUUUAUGUAAACAUUUAUUAAAUACAUAAACUAUAUGUAAA